ACAUAGUCUUAUGCUAAAACAUAAACACACCCAGAUACAUACAUUAAAUCCAUCUCUUACAUUUCACUCUCGAAGCUCCCCCCUAACCAAAAAUGGAGAACACCCAGAAUUCCGACAGCCGCGCCGAGGCCGAGCGGCUCCUCGGCAUCUCCGAGAAGUUCUUGACGAACCGCGAUCUCUCCAGCUCUCGUGACUUCGCCGUGCUAGCUCAAGAAACGGCUCCGCUCCUCGACGGCUCUGAUCAAAUCUUGGCCAUCACCGAUGUGCUCUUGGCCGCCGACACGAAGAAAAUCAACGGUCGGAAUAACUGGUAUGCAAUUUUACAGCUUGAGAGAAAAUCUGAUAAUUUGGAUGAUAUUAAGAAACAGUAUCGUAGAUUGGCCCUUUUGUUGCAUCCUGAUAAGAAUAAGUUUCCGCUUGCGAAUGAGGCGUUUCAGCUUGUGGCGGAUGCGUGGGGGGUUUUAUCGGAUUCCGGGAGGAAGGGUGUGUUUGAUCAUGAGUAUGGGGUGUUUACUAGGGUGAAUUUGGUUGCCAAUAGGAAGGGGAAUCAAGAAAAGGGGUACAAGGGGAAGGGGAGUGGGGGUGGGGGAAAUGCUGGUGAGACGCGGAAUUUUUGGACCAUGUGUCCGUAUUGUUAUAAUUUGUAUGAGUAUCCGAGGGUUUAUAAGGACUGUUGUUUGAAAUGUGGGAAUUGUAAGAGGGCAAUGCAUGCUUCGGAGAUUGGGAAUUUGCCUCCGGUUGUGCAAGGGCAGGAUGCGUAUUACUGUUGUUGGGGGUUUUUCCCCAUGGGGUUUACGGGGAAUGAGGGAGUUGGAGGUGGGAGUGGGGGGAAGGGUUCGGGGAUUCCUAACUGGACACCGCCUGUGUUUGGGAUGAAUGUGAAUGGAGGAGAGGAUGAGGAGUUUGUGGAGAAUUCGGGUGGCAAUGUGACUCCGGUUCAUAGGAAUGUGAAUGCUUCAGGUUCUACAUCAGGUGCAAAGAGGGGCAGGGGCAGGCCUAGGAAGAAUCUGCUAUAAACUGCUCUGUAAAGUGUGGUUUAAAGAGGUUUAAGAAAGUAUUGAGUUCGCUUAGCUUUUGCAUGUGGAAUGCAGUAGACAGGUAGUUUCUUUAAUUAGUUGGUUAUUAUGCUAUUCUAUGUUUAUGUUGAAGGCAAAAUUGCUUGUAGAAGACUGAUGUUUGUAGGUUUCAAAUCUUGAAUAUUUAAUUAACUGUGUCGAAAGUUGUAACUUGUAAAACUGCUUUUAUUUGAUUUUCUCAAUUGAUAGACAAUUUAGUAA